AUGCGGCGAAGUUCAUUGGGGAAGUCGGGGGCCUUGGCCCUGUUACUGGGCCUUUGCUAUCUGGCCCUUGAUGCCCUGAGCUGCUUUGUGGGAGCCGGUUUGACCAACAACCGGUCCUCCUCAGUUGAGAUGAGGGGAUACCGGCUGGACAGGAUGCUGGAAGCCACGGAUGGCGACCGAUCCUUGCAGACCUCGGAAGGCUUCUGGAUCGGGGAGAAAGGCUUCGAGAAGUCGCAGUGGGCGCAAGGCUACCGCUACCGCAUGCGAGCCUCUCCGGAGGAGUUCAAGAAGGGCAUCGAUUGUCCCGCUCCGCUCCAGAUCGGCCCCAUCAAGUGGAAGGUCGGCGAGUGCUUCGGUGGCAGCGGCAACAACGACAAGCUGCGCCAGCUCAAGAAAGAGUUGGCCCAGGCCGGUUUGGAUGAUCCCAAGAAGCUCGCAGAGAACGAGUACUGGCUCAAGCGCUACGGCCGCAAGCGCUGGUACCCCAAGUAUGUGAACCAGUCCGGUGCCAAGAAUCAGCAGGGCCUCUUGCGUGGCUUAGCAGCCUGGUCCGGCUACGACCCCCUGAAUGAGGAGCGUGGCAAGACCUGGAUCGAGGCGGAUUACGGAAAGCCCCUUAUCGAGGGCAAGAAGGACUACCGCCUGCCGGGCCGCCCACCGGGGCGACGCUACGCUGGGAAGGCAGCUGGAGGAGAGUGUCCUGCCGUGGUUGUCGCCAACCGAGGAGAGGGUGACAAGGCCUUCUUAGUUCUGGAGCUGAAGCGCAGUAAUUCAUCGUCGGGAGACUAUCUGCUCCCCUUCGUGAAGGUCGCGAUGGAUUCCAUCGACUUGACAAUUGACGAUGCCUGGCUGGACCCGCUGCAGUCCUGGGCGGAUCAGCUUCGCAGUGGCGCGUCCCUUCGUCGAGGUUUUCGCUUUGCCGACAUUUCAAGCGUUGCGGGGCAGUCGGUGCUGGAAGGUUACGAGCCUCCUCCACUUCCAGCGGUCAUCCAAGUGGACAACUUCUUCAUUUCGAAGGUGGAUCUCACUGUUUGGUGUGCGCUGAAGCUACGCACGGUGCGGUUCCUGCCGCAGUGGAUUCGCACG